AUGCCACCGUCAACUGCUAAACAAAGACUAAGUCAAGUGCUAUGUCAUUUGUCUAGUCGGCCUGUGGCUACCAACGCCACAAAUGGUUCUUUGGUUUCAGGGAUUACUCAGAACCAGCCAUUGUCUACUACUGCAUUUGCUGUGAAGACUGAGGGAAAGCAUCCUCAUCACGUUCCUCCAGAAACAACUCCUGUCAACUUCCAUCAACUAAACCCAACCUAUUUCCUACCACGGUCCGCUCAAAUUGAACCACAGGCUUUAGCAAUUGUUCAUAAGAGUGUCAAUGGGAAGAUUAUCGAGAGAACUUACAAAGAAUUUUCUGAUAGAGUCAUGGGACUUGCCUAUUACUUCAAAAAACACAAUUAUAAGAGAAUAGCUAUUUUGGGCCCUAACACGCCUGCUCAUCUUGAAACAAUGUUUGCGGCCGUUGCUGCUGGCGGCAUCACCAUGGGUCUAAAUUAUCGGUUAAAGAAGUCAGAAAUCGAAUAUAUGCUUGAUUUGGGUAAAGCUGAUUUAGUAGUUGUUGAUGCUGAGUUUAAGGAUCUUGCUGAUGCAAAGCCUGGUAAACUCGAUGUUAUUGUUGAUGAAGAUCUGGGAGAUCCAAAUUCCACUGCCUGCCAAUAUUCUUCAGCUGUUCGUGAAGGAUUGGAGGCGGAAAAUGGCCGUGGUUGGGCUGGUCUCGACGCUGAACAUGUGAAUGAGGAUGCUCUUAUUGGAUUAUACUUUACAAGUGGUACUACGGGAAGACCAAAAGCUGUCGAAUAUACCAACCGCGGUGUUUACCUCGCUGCCAUGGCCAACAUUGUUGAAGCCGGUUACAACAGUCAAGAUAUUUUUGGAAGGAACAGAUGCCACUACCUAUGGACCUUGCCAAUGUUUCAUGCUAUGGGUUGGACCUGUCCACAUGCAGUCACCGCUGUUAGAGGUACACAUUUCUGCUUAAGAAAGGUUGAUGCUGAUUAUAUCUGGGAUUUGUUUCUUACCCGACGAAUCACUCAUAUGAAUGCUGCUCCUACUGUCAAUUCUAUGAUCCUCAAUUCACCCAAAGCGCAAAAGAUUCCAUAUCAAGUGCGUGUGACUGUGGCAGCUUCUCCACCAUCUGCUAAGCUUUUUGAAGAUAUGAUUGAUCACAACCUGUUCCCUGUGCACAUGUACGGGCUCACCGAGACUUAUGGGCCAUUUACGAGAGCAUACUUCAAAGAAGAAUGGGCUGAUCUUCCCAAGAAGGAUCAUUUCUCGUUAUUGGCACGCCAGGGACACAGUUUUAUCACCUCAUCCGAGGUUCGUGUAUUUAACGACAAGGCCGAAGAAGUGGCCAAAAACGGUAAAGAAAUUGGCGAAAUCGUUAUUCGUGGAAACUUGGUCACUAAGGGAUAUCAUGAGAACCACGAAGAGACUGCCAAGGCAUACGGACGAGGCUGGUUCCGAAGUGGAGACUUGGCUGUUUGGCACCCUGAUGGAUCUAUUCAAAUCUUGGAUCGUAAGAAGGACAUCAUCAUUUCAGGGGGUGAGAACAUUUCAUCAGUUGUUGUAGAGAGUAUUAUUGUCCGAUACCCAAAUAUUUUUGAAGCCAGUGUAGUUGGUGUUCCAGACGACCAUUAUGGUGAAGUGCCAUUUGCAUUUGUCACUCUCAAGGAUGUAAAACAACCCUUAGAUAAAGAGGCUAUUAGGGCGUGGAUGAAGGGCGAAAUCGGUGGCUUCCAAGUGCCAAAGGGCUUUGAAGUUGUUGAUGACCUUCCCAAGACGUCUACUGGCAAAGUCCGAAAGAAUGUACUCCGCGACCUCGCUAAGGGUUUGUAUCAGAAGCGCUAA